UUAUUUACUUUUUUGGUUUUUAUGUUUUCUAUUUUAACAAACCCAAAUUAACCCAACAGCCAAACUUCACCAAAAUUAACGAUACCCAGCUCCAAAAUUCACCGUUCCCAAAUCGAUUGCUCCCAAUAUUCGGCCAUCGAUUCGUACUCGAAAUUUCGUUGAUUAACUCAUCAUUAUUUUUGUGGGAUUUAGAGUUUUGAGAAGACAUUUGAGUUUGGGUGAUUUAAUUUCUCUGUAAUGGCUGCAAGAAUCGUUCUUCAACAGCAAAACAGAGGAAGUUUAGGACUGAGGUCGCUAGGAUGCUUCGUGGCAGAAGAAACCAAUCAAAAACUGUGGAAGAACAUGUGCACAAACAUUUUCACGAGUGGUUUAAGGAAUAUGUUGCAAGAAAUGAUGGUGCGGAUAUUACACCCGAAAUUGAAUGGCUUGCAAAUGGACCAAAUAAUGUUGUGAGGAGAUUCAAGGAGUAUAACGUUCAUGGAUUUAAGUUUCGUACUAUGAGGAAGGAGCAGGGAUUGACAACACAAAAUAGUGGUAUUGUUAUAUCUGUUGUUACCAAGAGAUUUUCAAGUGGUAGAGAAUCUAUUGAACAGUCAAGUGAUGAUAUGUACUAUGGCAAAUUGGUUGACAUCAUAGAGUUAAAUUAUUACGAUUUUACUGCAGAGGCAGCAACAGCAGCAGCAACAUCAACUGGCGCAGCAGCAACAGCAGCAGGCGCAACAGCAACAGCAGCAGACACAGCAGCAACAACAGCAGGCACAGCAGCAACAGCAGCGCAGAGAUGGUGCAGCAAUGUUUAGAGCAGUUUAAUACUACUGUUAUGGAGCACUUCAUAUUGCAACGACAAAGGGACGGAUAUAGCAUUAGGAACUCAAUUUUUGGAUUGACCGAGCACCAAUACAAACAGAAAAUAGAUGCAGGAUUACAUCUACUCUUGGAUGAUACAAAAGUUUACGACUGCUGCUGCCAGUGGAUUGGCUAGAUACUUUCUUGAUUUUCUUUUAUGCCUUGAUAUUAAAACUUUGAUCAUUAUAGCACUGGUUUGUGUAUAUGGUCAGUGUACUCAUGAAUGCUUAUUGAUUAUGUAUUGAUACCAGGAAAAUGACGAAAAAAUUGUAAUUUUUUUUUUUUUAAUAUAUAUUUUGCCACGG